AUGAGGAGUGUGCCGAACCACCGCAUUGAUGAUGAGUCACUGAAAGAGUACUUCUACAGAGGACAGAAUGACGAUGGCAAGGCUGUGCUAGAUACUAUUGCGGGAGGUUCUUAUGGGGAAUGCACCUUUAAGGAGAUUGCUGAGAAACUUGAGAGGAUCUCCAAGAACAAUAAGGCAUGGAGCACUAGAAAGGCAAAUACAGGUAGAAGCACGUUUGUGGUCCAAACUGCAACAAGUCAAUCAAAUGAUGAUAUUCGAGAGGAGAUGGCCCAAAUGAGGAAAAAAAUUGGCUUGGUAUUAAAACAUAUGAGUGAGAGUGCAGAGAAAGUGAAUGUUGUGAGCUACCAACCCAGAGCACCGCUAGUCGAUGAGUACUUUUAUGAGAAAGAUGUGCAUCAAGUGAAUGAUCAGACGGGGGGUCGGAACUAUGGUAACUACAACCGUGAAGGGAACUAUGUCCGUGAUGGGAACUUCAAAUGUGAUAACAACUAUAAUCAAAAUGGCUAUGGCAACAGGAAUGAGAAUAGUGGACCUUAUGUUCCACCUGGUAAUAGAGAGGCUGGGUCAAGUAUGACUAGCAUUGAAGAUAUGAUGCAGAAGAUAAUGAAGAGAUUUGAUGCAACUGAUGACAAUAUGAAGGAGAUGUGUAAUGAUCUAUCUGGAAUUGGUCAGAAAGUUGACGCCCAUGCAAAUAUAGAUCCCCCCGUGCCGACUGAGGUGGAAAGUGUGACAGAAAAAGGUGAGUAUGAAGUUGAGGUUACUGAGGAGCCGAAAGUGGAUGCAGAAAAGGAAGUUGAGGCAACCCAAAAAGUUAUUACAAUGCCUAGAUCUCCAACUCCCUUCCCACUAAGGUUGGUGAAAAAGACUGAAGAGGGAAAAUAUCGCAGGUUCAUAGCUAUGUUGAAGCAACUAUCCAUAAAUGUCCCGUUGAUAGAAGCUUUGGAACAAAUGCCUGGGUAUGCGAAGUUCAUGCAAGACUCGAUCUAUAAAAAGUUGGGUUUAGGAGCUCCAAAGCCGACUACAAUACGUAUACUUAUGGCUGAUAGAACUGUGAACAGACAUAUUGGAGUAUUACAAAAUGUCCUUGUGAAAGUUGAGUCAUUCAUCUUUUCGACGGAUGUUGUGAUACUGGAUUGCGAGGUUGAUUUUGAGGUCCCCAACAUCUUAGGGAGACCAUUUCUUGCUACUGGGCAUGCCAUGAAAGUGAUCUCAAGAAUCUUAUCGGUAUUAACUCAUACUGUUGAGCAAGAACCCGAAAUGUCUACCGAAGAGACGUUAGGUGUUGAGGCACUAGCAACUGUGAUAAUGAAUUUUGAAAGUGAUGGUAUUUAUGACUAUGAUGAGCUAGUUGCUGCACUUGAGGGGGUUCAGUUUCGUUUCAAGCCAAAGCGAUUGCAAUUAGACAUGAAGAAUCGUGACACUCCUCCAGCAAAACCAUCCGUGGAUGAGCCUCUGAAGUUGGAACUUAAGGUUAUUCCAUCUCACUCGUGUAGUUGGGUCUGCACAGUUCAGUGUGUGCCAAAGAAAAGAGGAAUCAUUGUGGUUCCCAAUGCUAAGAAUGAGCUUGUUCCAAUGAGGCCGGUAACUAUUUGGAGAGUGUGUAUGGAUUAUUGCAAGUUGAAUGCAUGGACCGAGAAAGACCAUUUCCCAAUGUCGUUCAUGGACCAAAUGCUAGAUCGUCUUGCUGGAAAUGGUUGGUAUUGUUGUCUAGAUGGGUAUUCGGUCUACAAUCAAAUCUCCAUAGCUACGGAGGAUCAAGAAAAUACCACUUUCGCUUGUCCUUAUGGGACUUUUGUGUUCAAGAGAAUGUCGUUUUGGUUAUGUAAUUCUCCGGCUACAUUCCAGCGUUGCAUGAUGUCUAUAUUUUCAGAUAUGGUGGAGGACACAUUAGAGGUAUUUAUGGAUGAUUUCUCUUUUGUUGGUGAUUCGUUUGAUGACUGUUUGACUCAUUUGGCUGAGUUUAGAUCCUAUUUGCUUGGCACUAAAGUUAUUGUGCAUACUGGCCAUUCUACAUUGAGGUGUAUUAUGGCUAAGAAGGAUGCAAAACUGAGAUUGAUUAGAUGGGUUGCCGAUCACUUAUCCAGAUUAGAGGAAGAAGCUAUGAUCAAGCUUGAUGAUGGCAUUGAGAUUAAUGAUGCAUUCCAUGAUGAACAUGUAUUGGCUGCUUCUACUGAACUUAUUCUUUGGUUAGCUGACUUUGCAAAUUAUUUGGCAAGCGAGUUGGUGCCUUAA